AUGUCACUUGGGUGCGUGGCGGAUGUUUGGGUUUUGUUCAAGCAAAGUGUUAACUGUUCCUCCUCGUCUUUUUGCCGGUCUCAACAACAAAACUCAACAAAGAAGCCAAUUGGAAGCGACGAUUGUGUGGUAGAACUAGACGCGCGUGGUGGAUUGGACACGGUUGUAAUGCUGUGUCCCAGGACGAGGGGGAGGGUUGAACAGCACACGGGGGGGUUGAACGAUUCGGGGGUUCAAGGGCCGUGUGUUACGCUUACAGUAAUGGCUGACGGUCAGAUCCUGUGCAUUAUCAUCAAAUGCUAG